AUGGAGAAUCAGACUGCGAUGGUGUCGGAGUUUAUUUUGCUGGGAUUUCCUCUCAGCAGGUGGGUGGUGCUGUUUCUGGUGCUGCUACUGCCCACAUUCCUGCUGACGCUCCUGGGGAGCCUGCUCUUCAUAUCCAUUGUGUUGUCCUACUCCCGCCUCCACACCCCCAUGUACUUCUUCCUGUGCAACCUCUCUGUCCUGGACAUCCUCUUCACCGCAGUCAUUUCUCCACAAGUGUUGGCCAACUUAGUAUCUGAAGAUAAAACCAUCUCUUUUGCAGGAUGUGUCACCCAGUGUUAUUUCUAUUUCUUUCUGGGCACUGUAGAGUUUCUUCUGCUGACGGUCAUGUUGUAUGAUUGCUAUGCUGCCAUCUGCUACCUUCUGUGGUACAGCAUCAUUAUGAGACCUCCUGUCUGCAUUGGGACCAUUGUGUUCUCUUGGGUGGGAGGCUUCCUAUCUGUGAUCUUUCCAACCAUCCUCAUCUCCCAGCUGCCCUUCUGUGACUCCAACAUCAUUAACCACUUCUUUCGUGACGGUGGAUCCUUGCUGGCCCUGGCCUGUGCAGACACCACUGCCAUUGAGCUGAUGGAUUUUAUACUUUCAUCCACAGACAUCCUCUGCUGUAUAGUUCUUGUGGUCUAUUCCUAUACAUUCGAUUUGACAAUAGUGUGUAUUCCUUCUCCAAUUGGAAGGAAGAAGGGUUUUAACACUUGUGCUUCUCACCUGACUAUUGUCGUGAUUUCUGGUGGCAUCACAGUGUUUAUCUAUGUGACUCCAUCCCAGAAAGAAUAUCUCGAGAUCAACAAGGUCCCUUCAGUACUGAGCAGUGUUGUGGCUCCAUUCCUUAACCCUUUUAUAUAUACUCUGAGGAAUGACGCAGCAUUGGGGGUCCUCAGGGAUGUGUGGGUCAGGGUUCAAGAAGUUUUAGAAAAGAGGAUGAGGACAGUGCUGAAGAGCAGAUUGUCCUCUAACAAAGACCACUUAUGA